GAAAGAAAUAACAUAUUCUCGCCCCGUUAAGAUUUGAAGAAGCGAGCAAAUGGCGCAAACGGACUUCCCAAAUGUGACCCAUGAUGUAUUCAAUUUCACCCUUCAUACCACCCUGGCCCUCACCACAAAACUAGUGCUUCCUACGCCUGCCAAACCAAUCCUUCCAGUGCAAACUGGCGUCGAGGCACAACAGGAAGAACAGUCGAGUGGCAUGACUAUUUUCUUUAGUCUCCUUGUACUAGCUAUUUGCAUCAUAUUGGUGCAUUUAUUGAUAAGAUACAGACUGCAUUUCUUGCCAGAAAGUGUUGCUGUUGUUUCUCUAGGCAUCUUGAUGGGUGCAGUUAUAAAAAUUAUAGAAUCUCAAAAGCUGGCCAACUGGAAGGAAGAAGAAAUGUUUCGUCCUAACAUGUUUUUUCUUCUUUUACUUCCGCCAAUUAUAUUUGAAUCUGGGUAUUCAUUGCACAAGGGGAACUUCUUCCAGAACAUAGGCUCCAUCACCUUGUUUUCUGUGAUUGGGACAGCUAUUUCAGCUUUCAUAGUUGGCGGAGGAAUUUACUUUCUUGGUCAGGCUGAUGUAAUUUAUAAACUGAAUAUGACUGACAGUUUUGCCUUUGGUUCCCUGAUCUCUGCUGUUGAUCCAGUAGCUACUAUUGCUAUCUUUAAUGCUCUUAAUGUGGACCCUGUGCUUAACAUGCUGGUCUUUGGAGAAAGCAUUCUCAAUGAUGCAGUCUCAAUUGUCCUGACAAAUACAGCAGAAGGUUUGACGAGAGAACAUACAUCUGAUGUAAAUGGAUGGCAAACCUUUUUACAAGCACUGGCUUACUUUCUGAAGAUGUUCUUUGGUUCUGCAGCACUGGGGACUCUGACUGGUCUUAUUUCUGCAUUAGUACUGAAACAUAUUGAUUUACGAAAAACUCCUUCCCUGGAGUUUGGGAUGAUGAUUAUCUUUGCAUAUCUUCCUUAUGGACUUUCAGAAGGAAUUUCUCUCUCAGGUAUCAUGGCUAUCUUGUUUUCCGGCAUCGUAAUGUCUCACUACACCCACCAUAAUCUUUCUCCAGUUACACAGAUCCUAAUGCAGCAGACUCUGAGAACUGUUGCAUUCAUGUGUGAAACAUGUGUUUUUGCAUUUCUGGGCCUGUCAAUUUUUAGCUUUCCUCACAAGUUUGAAGUGUCCUUUGUCAUCUGGUGCAUAGUGCUUGUUCUUUUUGGUAGAGCAGUCAAUAUUUUCCCCCUCUCUUAUUUGCUCAAUUUCUUCCGUGAUCACAAGAUCACUCCCAAAAUGAUGUUCAUCAUGUGGUUUAGUGGUUCUUUUGCUGCUUUCUUUUCUGUCACAUUUGGUGCAGUGCGAACUGCCAAAGUUAUAAAACAGCACAAAUCUAAAGUCUGCGGCAGUCAGAAAUCGGCUCUUGAAAUGGGAAACACCAUUGAAUCUGAACACUUGUCUGAACUUACAGAGGAAGAGUAUGAAGCUCAUUAUAUAAAGCGGCAGGAUCUGAAAGGCUUUAUGUGGCUUGAUGUCAGAUAUUUGAAUCCUUUCUUUACCAGACGGCUCACCCAAGAG